ACCAGGCCAAGCCAAGAAGCCAAGACCUCGGCAUCAACCUUGCAUGCCAGCAACCACCCUUCUACUUGGGGGGUUCUGGGCGCCAAGUACCAAAUCCUUACCAAAAAUCAUUAUCUUUUAGCAACGACGAUAGAGUAUAUGCCCGCGCGGAAAGUCAACUCGAAUAUUAUACGACUUUGCUGUUCAGACGGAAUCAGAUCGCCUUGCCUCUAUCUCUCCUGUCAAACGACGACGUCUUCACAACAACAAAAAAGGGGUACAGGCUGUUCACGACUAAGCAAUGGCUACCCCCAUCAAGAUAAGACUAAACGGACUGGACAUGGUGGUUGAUGCGGUACCGCUUGAACUGGAAGCGUUUAAGCCAUUUGGUGAUGCGGUUGCAAAUCCACAACCCAACCUCCACCCUGCCAUGGCCAACGACACGGCAGGCAUGCCCUUCGAUGCCAUUGUCGCCAACCAGGGGACGGCAAUCAAGUACCAGCACGUUUCACGGAUAGAAAACCUCUACGACCAGGCACCGAGCGGCCGAACCGGAGUGGCCGUUUCCAACAUGUUUACGUGUGCAUCACGGGCGCUCCCUCGGCGACUCGAAGUCGGGGUCGAGCGGGAAAUCUUCCCGGUCACCGUCCUCGAGCGCCAUCCGUUUACCAGUCAAACAUUUGUCCCACUCCGUGCCGAUCCACAAAGUCGAUACUUGGUCGUUGUCGCCCCAAGCCUCUCGCCGAGUGCCCAAGACCAACAGCUGCCAGUUCCCUCCUCGCGGCCUCCUGGCACGAUCGCUAAUCGAGAGUUGCCGGGUCGAGGGCUACCCGACCUAAAGGGCCUCCGUGCUUUCAUCGCCACUACGAACCAGGCUGUAACCUACGGGGCAGGCACGUGGCACUCCCCAAUGGUGGCCCUUGGCCCAGCUGACAAGGCGAUUGAUUUCUUCGUUUUCCAGUUCGCCAACGAGGUCUCCGUGGAAGACUGUCAAGAAGUUUUGUUUGGUCCGUCCACUGUCACGGUCCGCCUCCAACCUCAGUCGAGAGCGAGUAAACUGUAAUUAAAGAGCGCAUUGCCGUGUGGGAAUACCAUUGCCUUGAUGUUUACAUGCAACUAGCAGGCCGGCGGCGGUGCAAUCGUUGUGGCAUGGCUUGCUUGACUUGACCUGCUGUCCGGAGUUCGGUGUUGGACGGCCUAUGUGGCGGCUGAUAAUCACCACCAGCCUUAUGCACAAACAGAUAAAUGGGAGUUUGAAUGCAUGGACUUGGUGGGGCAUUAGUAAGUAGAGGUAGUAAUCAAGUGUCUCGGUGUUUCG